AUGUUGUUGUUAUUUGUUGCUUCUAGUACAAGUCAUUCAAUUGGAUUUCAUUCAGGAGACUCUGCAUUAUGUAUGGAAAUUCAUAAGAACCAGGGUUUGAGAAGCAGUAUCUAUGUUGCAAUCACCACUUGGAUUGGGGUAUUAGCAAUUCAAGUGUCCCCUGCUGCAGUAUCACCCAGUUCCGAUGGGAUAGAUGGCUUAUCACCAGCAGAACUUCAAUCAAGAAUACAAUUAGUUUUUGAGUUUGUGGUUAAGGAUGCUGAUGUGGGUCAGAUUCUGAAGGAUAUUAAACAUCUUCUCGAAGACGCAUGUGUUCUUGAAGACGCACAUGAUACAUCCAUCCAAGACUCUACUGCUGUCACUCCCCAUGAUGUCCCUCCUUCUGAUAUUCCAUGUGAUAAAAAGGAUAAUUCUGAAGAUGCUGGUUCAGUUGCAGAAAAAGAACUCAUUUCAUCCCAAGAACCUACUCAAUAUAUACAAAUAAAUUCUGAUGUAGAAGCUGCAAUUUCUCAAAUUCAUGACUUUGUAUUGUUCCUAGACAAAAAAACAUUGGCCCUGCAUCAGUUAAAAUACAAGUUCAGCCCUGUAUCAAAUUAA